AUGGAGAAAAAGAAAGAAGAAGAGAGUCCUCUCGAAGGCAUAUUCUGUCUUAAAACUAAACGAGACAUGAAGAGAAUUGAGAAAACAGAGGACUGCUUCAUUCUCGAUUUCGAUCCUUUUGAUUAUUUCGACUCUAGAAAGCUUUCCUUCUCCGGUGAUAAAGAUCUGGCUAUUAUCCGUGAGACAGGCCAGUGUUAUUGUUACGUCUGCGAUAAGCCUGCUCCAUGUGCACAAUGGAAGUCUUCGCAUUGCAAUGUUUCGGCGGAUUCUAUGUUGCAAAAGUUACCGACCCGUGAGAGUGAGAGCUUUUACUAUAACUCCGAUGAAGAUCAUCUUUGA